CGAGACUUGAGAGAAAGAAAACGGCUAAGAAACAUACACACAAAGCACACUCUACUCUCUCAAAAUGAAUUCUCCCCACGAAAAGGCGAUGCAAGCUAUCCUUUAUGGACAUAACUGUGCCAAGCGGUUGAAGCAGCGGCUCGAAGAUCCAAUGGCUGACGACAGUUCGGUUUCAGACUAUGAUCUUGCUACAUCGAUCGUCCAUUGUUUUUCCAACGCCAUCUCAAUCUUAUCUGAUAGUCCCAAAUCCGAGGAUGAUCAGGUUUCUGAUUUAUCUUCAAUGGGUUCUCCUCCUCCUCUUCCAGAGAGAAGCUACUCCAAGAAAAGAAAGAUUAAUAUGACAAAUUCAAUUAUGAACUGGAGGGACGAUUCACCGGAUCCCUACUACGACGGGUUUCUCUGGAGGAAAUACGGCCAAAAGUCUAUCAAAAACACUAAACAUGAAAGGAGCUACUAUAGAUGUUCUUACAACAUAGAUCAUGCCUGUGAAGCAAGAAAGCAUGAACAGCAGAUCAAAGACAACCCUCCGGUUUACCGAACCACUUACUUUGGCCACCACACUUGCAAGAUUAACCAUAAUCAUGAUGCCGUUUUCACUGCGGUUCGAGAUCAGGUCGAUGAUAUGGGAAGUUCCCGGAUUAUACGCUUCGGGAAAGAACUUGAUCAGGAGAAGGAAAAUCACUCGACCGGUUUUCCUUUACCGGUUAAGCAUGAAGAAGGUAUCAUCAAAGAGGAAACCACGGACCAGUACCGUGAGAUGACCGGUGAUGAUGUUAAAGAUUGUCAACAUGUGAUGGAAGAGAAUCAGUCAUCACUAUCAAGUUCAUAUACUCCUCCGUCGUCAUCUGUCAGUGAAACUGACGUGUCUGAUUUAGAUCUGCUAUUGAACAACUUAGACUCGUGGGAUCGUUAUGGUUUGUUUGACUUUGGAGUUCAGUAGAGAUUUUUCAGCUAAAGUAUCUACUUUUACGAGAAAUAAUGAGAAUUACGCGUACGUAUGUUAUUGAAAAGUUUCUAUCAUCUUGUCGAGCAUAACUAGAAUAUUUUGAAGUGGGUUGUUGUAAUAGAAUCAUUUGCUAGAGAAAGUGUAAUACAUAUAUAUAUAUAAACCAAACCAGGAAAUAAAUAAUAAAACAAAGUUU